UUAUGCCUGAGAAGCGGGACUGUUGUGUUACCAGAAGCUACCGGUACGUUAGCUCAUGUUUCUACCCACUGACAGCCUGUAUUUUAUCGGCAAUUUUCGUGUUUUUCGUUGUUUGAGUAGAGCACUAAAAGCCGCAAAUAUGUGGCCAUUUGGAAUGAGUUAGCAUUUAAUUUAACUAGCCUCAAUUAAAGCGGUAACAGUGUCAAGCAUUUAUACACGGAUAGUUCUACUCAGAGCAUGCAACGAAGAAAAGCGUUAAAAAACAUAUUUUUCGUCGAGCAAAGCCGCUAUCGCCUGCAGCAUGACCGAGAGAGCUAACAAAGACAAACUUAAGCGAAGUUUGUCAUUGUCCAAGAGCAAGAAGAAAGGCGGUGAUAAAGCUGGGAUUUCUGCCAGUGCUGCCACCACAACUCCAAUCACGUCUUUCUUCAGCAGCCAGCCUCCUGCUAAGCUCGCCUGCCCCCUGUGUGGCCAGCUGGUACCAAGAUUCAGGAUCAAUGAGCACAUUGAUUUGCAAUGUCAGAGCUUUGAGAGAGGAGACAGCACUGUCGCCUCAGCAAGUAAUAGUGUUGUGUCAAGCACCCAGCUGUCACCCACAAGGGAUCUCCCAAAGUCCCCGGAACUGGAUCGAAAAGCAAAGGAAGAAGACAAAGAGACCAAGACCAGUCCUUACUUUAAGAAGAACAACUUUCAGCAGGCGCCACGGGAGAUACGCAGCAAGACUGUGGUGAGGACCAUUGACCUGGGAAGUCUCUCCUCCAAGUUGUCUAGAAAAUGUCACAAGGUUCCUGAGAGGACACAGACGGAGGAUAAAACAGCACUCAAGGAGUUACAUUCAUCUGAGACACUCAAUAGCUCACAGAAAGAAAAUGUUUUAAUUCAGAGUUUAGAAGACAAGAAAGAGUCUGCAGAGCUUCUAAACACGAGUAUAGACACUCCAACUGCAGUGGGGGAUUCAUCGUGCUCAGAAAAAGCGCAUAUCCUUGAGCACAAACCAUUUAAAUCGGAUUCUGUGCAUGAAUUGAUUACUCCAAAGCUGCACUCGCCUCCCUCCAAACCAGCAAAGAGAAAAAAGGAAGCGACUUCCACUGUUAAGCUGCCUGGCUUCCAAAAGAAAGCAAAAUAUGAGGAGAAGAAUAGAAAACCAGAGGAGACAUCUAGUGAAAGUACAGCUGAGAAAACUGGCAUGGACCAGCAAAAAGCUGUGGUACCUUCCUCUCCUUCUAUUUGUAUUCCACCUUUGAGUUCAGAGGAAACAAAUGAGAAAAGUGUUGCAGUCAUCAUUCAUGAUUCAGAGCCAGGGUCCAGUGCUGAGAACACCAGUGGCCAGAACUCUCAUCAUCCAUAUCUUCCCUACUACCUCCGUAACUUCAGGACUGUACUGCAGGCUGUGCUGGAGAAUGAGGAUGACAGGAUAUUGUUCAACGAGGAGGAUAUGUCACUCAUCCAUUCAUUUGAGAAGCUAUCAGUUAUGGGGCAGAAGCUGUAUGUGAGGCUCUUUCAGAGGAAACUGAAAUGGCUCCAAGUAAAUAAACUGGAUUAUGAAGAGAUAAGCAGUGAUCUGGGACCUGUUGCACAGGAGCUGGUUCAAAGUGGUUUUCUACAGACAGAGAACGACCUUGAGGACCUAUCGAAGGCUCUGGAUCUCCUGCCGGCUCCUGAGCUCAAAGCUCUGGCAAAGACUUUCCAUCUGGGCAGUUCUGGGACUCAAAAACAGCAUCUUGUCGACGGGCUUCUUCGCCUAAGCAGGCAAAAGUCUCUCUUCUCUUCGUCUGCUGGUCAGAACAAUGUUGGAGCUGUCAUCCUUAAAAGGGCAAAGCAGCUUGCUGGGUCCUGUGUGCGUCUGUGUCGUGGUCCUCGGGUAGUCUUUUCUCGCAUCCUUCUGCUCUUCUCUCUGACGGACACCAUGGAUGAGGAGGAGAUGGCGGCUGGAGGACAGAACCAGCUCUUUACCAUCCUGUUAGUAAACUCAGGACGCCUGGCCUUCCCAGACUACACAGUGCAGCGCGCAGCCAAGGUGUUUCAGGACAGAGAGGACCUUAUCAGAUAUGAAGCUUCCAUGAGAGCCCUGCAAGAGGUGGUCUUAGCAAUGCAGGGUGGUCAGUGGGAGAGAGCCCUGGAGCUUUACACUGCUGCCAAAAGUUCCUGGCAAGAGAUGAGGAAAAACAGUGACCUCAGUCACCAGGAGGAGCUGCCCGUGUUCCUGCGUAGCUUCACCACAGGAUGGGCUUACACUCGUAUUUUAUCCAGAGGGGUGGAGAUUUUGCAGAGACUGCGUCGCUAUGAGGAAGCAGUAGACGAGCUGCAGUCCUUGUUGUUGCAGUCUGUCUACUGUCCUGACAGCCGCGGACGAUGGUGGGACAGAUUGGCACUAAACCUUCACCAGCAUCUCAAAAAACCUGAGCAAGCUAUUAGUGCUAUCAGAGAAGGGCUGUCAGACCCUCUGGUGCGCACAGGACAUAAACUCGCCCUCCAUCAGAGAGCUGUUAGGAUGAAAGAGUCUCCCAGCUGCAAGAAAUAUCGCCUGCAACUCAGAGACCUGCCCACCAUCCAAGUCCAAGAUGUCAAGCAUGUGACCAUCCGAGGACAGCUGUUUCCACAUGAGGGAGGCAUGGGAAAAUCUAGGUUUCUUUUACCGUCAAAUGAUGAGGGAGAAGAGCACGCUCAGGCCACUGUAAUAUGCUCUGUGGAAGAUCUGUCUUUAGCACAUUACCGACAACAAGGUUUUGACCAAGGGAUCCACGGAGAGGGCUCGACAUUCUCUACAUUGUUUGCUCUUCUGCUGUGGGACAUCAUUUUUAUGGAGGGAAUUCCAGAUGUCUUCCGAAAUCCAUACCAGACGUGUCCGCUGGAUCUUCACACUGACUGUUUCUAUGAGAACAGAAAGGAGGCUAUUGCGUCUCGUGUUCAGUUACUUACUGAGGCGUCUGUGGAAACGUUGAAUAACAUGUUGGAAGAUGUCUGGAUUUCUCAGGAGGGUAAAGUGUGUUCACUGGUUAACUGGGAGCGUUUCUCAUCCCUUCAGCAGGCACAGUCUCUUGUGGCAUGCCUGGGUGGAGCCUUCUUAGGUGGAGUAAUAGAACGAAUGGCCAAAGACUACAGACACUGCCGAGGAGGUUUGCCGGAUCUCGUUGUGUGGAACACCUCAGACAACAGCUACAAGCUGGUGGAGGUGAAGGGGCCCAAUGACCGGCUGUCACAAAAACAACAGAUCUGGCUGGAUGAGCUGCAGAAACUGGGCGCUGAUGUGGAGGUGUGUCACGUGACGGCUACCGGAGCCAGAGGAGCUCGUCUGGAAUAAACAGGCACAGAAGAAUUGAGUGCUAAAACUUUGCUGCUAAUUAAUAAGAUGACGGGUAAAUUGAAACGUCAGCGGACAGAUUUUGGGAAAAUGAUUUGAUUGCUUUUUCUGAUUCGGAUCAUCAAGGGCAGAUGUUAAGAUUGCAUCUUAUCACGCCUGCUGAGGAUUACUGUGGCCUUGUAGCUUUAAGAGAACUGUGAAAAUCUUAAUCUCAAAAACCUAAUUUAUCUGCCCCAAAUAAAAAAAUUCAUCAUAUCUGAGCCUAGGGAACACCAUGUGCCUUGCGACAUGUGGUGUUACCAUCAGGGAAGCCACUGCCUUCAACAGGAAGAGGUGCAUCAUGACAUGAGGAUCGUCACUGAGAACUGCCAGGAUCAGAAAUAGCUUGCUUAUAUUUAAUCAGAGCUGAAGCAUGACAGAAAAUGGAUCCAACUACCAUGCUAAACUAAUGGUGUUUCCUUUUUUUUUUGGCAACACUUUAUUUUCAGGAUCCAGGGUUGCCAAGCAACCAAAACUCCUAUUUAGUUGGCUGCUUUUAAAUUGCAUUACAGUUCUAUGAGUUUGUCAUGGACAAAGUGACUGUGAUGCCUGUGAAUAUGCAGUUUUGCCACAAUUCAUCAAAUACAUCAGUUGGUUGCCAAGAACAAAGUCACAGGGCUGCUAUUGAUGAUUCAUUAUCAUUCACUUGCAACUUGCUUUCUUCAAUAAAUGAUUAAUCAAUUGGUCAGUGAAAUAUCAUAAAAUGAGGAAUGUACCUUAACCCGUUGCUUGUGUGAUGUAACUGCAGUCACUCUGCUGCAACAAAAUAUCACACAUGAUAAAGAUGAACAACAGAAGCUGGACCUUGGGAAUGUUAUAGCAUUUUUGUUUGACUCUCUGAACCCCAAACCCACUGGCAAAUUGGAAAAGCAUGUUAUUUAUUUAAAAACAACCACCCAAAUUAUACCAUUUAUUAGAGCCAAACACUGAAAACAGAAAAAAUCGCUGGAUUUUCAGCUUUCUAAUAGCUUUAGAACUACUCAUCUGGGAAACUUGUGAUACAUGACUUUAUUCUACAUGUCUCACAUAAAGACUUGCCAAAAAGGCAGUGUUUGCACUAACCUUAUUGUGUAAAAACAAAAAAAACAGGUCCUUGUUGGUGCAGUCGAGAAGCCAUUAGCCAUGACUGAGCUUUAGCCAAUAGUCAGGGCAAAAAUGUAUUGACUUUUUGGUUUAGCUGGACUGAACCGCUGGCUAUGUGUACACAGAGCAGAGAGGAGACAGGGAUGGAAAUGUAAUUCCGAUUUAAGUAGUAAAAUAUCUACAAUAUGUAUAGUCACCAAUUUUUCAGUAGUGAUAACGUGAGCACUUUGAGAAAUGUACAUUUUUGACUCAAUUUUUCUAAAAUAAAUAAUCAAAGAAAUUCAACUUCCAUUUUUUGUGUGUUUUAUGGCAUCAGACCUGUGUGAUAUUACAGAAAUUUGUGUGCUCUCUGCUUCUAGUAAUGGUUAUGCUUGCCAUGAAGGUGCAGUACUGAAAGGAGCCUACAAUGAGUAAAAAUCUGACAGGUGCAAACAACAAAACAAAACAAAAAAAUCCCAGAAAGUUCUUGGGGUUCAGAGGGAUUAAGAGUGGUUGUAAAAUAAAGAAUUCUAAAACUGAUUGCAAUAAAAUUUUGUGUUCAUCAAUGAAACUUUUAAACACUAGAAUAUGUAAUGGCACUAAAAGCUCUGUCAAUGAGCUGAAUUUAAAUGUAAUAUUUUGUAUAAUUGUAAAAAUAUUAAAAGACAGCUUUGGUACAA